AUGAUUCGAGGAGGAACUGGAUAUAAUGUUAUUCCUGACUCAUCUACAAUGGCUGGUACAUAUAGAGCAUUCAGCAAGAAGAGCUUCUAUGCGCUAAGAAAAAGAAUAGAAGAGGUUAUAAGAGGGCAAGCUGCUGUUCAUCGGUGCUCAGCUGAAAUUGACUUCUUUGGAAAGGAACACCCCACAAUUCCCCCAACCAUAAAUGAUGACAGAAUAUUUGAACAGGUACAACAGGUCUCGAGUAUGAUUGUCGGCAGAGAAAACACAAAAUUAACUCCUACCUUCAUGGGGAGUGAAGAUUUCGCCUUUUACUUAGAAAAGGUUCAUCCAAUUCUCGAAUAUGUACCUGCCAAACCAAUGAUUUAG